UUGAAUAGUAGUGGUGAGAGGAGGCACCCUUGUCUUGUUCCUGACUUUAGUGGAAGUGCUUUCAAUUUUUCACCAUUGAGGAUAAUGUUUGCUGUGCCUUUGUCAUAUAUAGCGUUUAUUCUGUUGAGCUAAGGUCCAGGAAGAGACUGACUGUGUGACUGGCAGACACUGGAGCCUCUGCAUGCAAACAAGGGUUACAUAUCCUACAUGAAUGCUGUGAUCCACAAGAUCCAGAGAUACGUUGACCUGACUCCCAUCAGUCUGCCCCAUGCGGUGACCCAUGACAUUAACGUCAGAAACUACCUCAUCCCCAAGGGUACAGAUAUAUUAACAUCCCUGACUUCUGUGCUACAUGAUGACAAAGAAUCACCAACUCAGAAGUGUUUGAACCUGACUACUUUCUGGAUGAGAGUAGAAACUUUAAGAAGACUGACUACUUCAUGGCUUUCUCAGCAGCUCUCAAAAGUCUACGGCCCUGUGUUCACUCUGUAUUUUGGCAUGAAGCCCACUGUGGUCUUGCAUGGAUAUGAAGUAGUGAAGGAAGCUCUGAUUGACCUGGGAGAGGAGUUUUCUAGAAGAGGCAGUUACCCAGUGGUUCAGAGAGCUACUAAGGGAUAUGGAAUCAUUUUCAGCAAUGGGAAGAUAUGGAAGGCGACCCGGCGCUUCUCCCUCAUGACCCUGCGGAAUUUUGGGAUGGGGAAGAGGAGCAUUGAGGACCGUGUUCAAGAGGAAGCACGCUGCCUGGUGGAGGAGUUGAGAAAAACCAACGGGUUGCCCUGUGAUCCCACUUUCAUACUGGGCUGUGCUCCCUGCAAUGUGAUCUGCUCCAUUAUUUUCCGGAAUCGUUUUGAUUAUAAAGAUCAGAUUUUUCUAGAUCUAAUGGAAAGACUGAAUGAAAACGUCAGGCUUCUGGGCUCUCCAUGGCUGCAGCUCUGCAGUUCCUUCCCUGCUCUCAUGGAUUAUAUCCCAGGGAAACAUAAAAAAUUCUUUGAAAAUUAUGCUUGUAUGAAAAGUUAUGUUUUGGAGAAAACAAGGGAACACCAAGCAUCCCUGGACAUUAACAACCCUCGGGACUUUAUUGAUUGUUUCCUGACCAAGAUGGAACAGGAAAAGCACAAUCAAGAACUGGAGUAUACGGUUGAAAACUUGGCAAACACUGUAUUGGAUUUGUUUGCAGCUGGGACAGAGACGACGAGCACCACACUGAGAUAUGGGCUCCUCCUCCUGCUGAAACACCCUGAGGUCACAGCUAAGGUCCAGAAAGAGAUUGACCGUGUCAUUGGCAGACACCGGAGCCCCUGCAUGCAAGACAAGAGCCACAUGCCCUACACGGAUGCUGUGAUUCACAAGAUCCAGAGAUACAUUGACCUGGUCCCCACCAACCUGCCCCAUGCUGUGACCCGUGACAUUAAAUUCAGAAACUACCUUAUCCCCAAGGGCACAGAUAUAUUAACAUCACUGACUUCUGUGCUACAUGAUGACAAAGAAUUUCCCAACCCAGAGGUGUUUGACCCUGGCCACUUUCUGGAUGAGAGUGGCAACUUUAGGAAGAGUGACUAUUUCAUGGCUUUCUCAACAGGGAAACGGAUUUGUGUGGGAGAGGGCCUGGCCCGCAUGGAGCUGUUUUUAUUCCUGACCACAAUUUUACAAAAAUUUACCUUGAAGUCUGUGGUUGACCCAAAGGACCUCGACACCACCCCAGUUGUCAAUGGAUUACUUUCUGUGCCACCUUUUUACCAGCUCUGUUUCAUUCCUAUAUGA